AUGGAGACGGAGGUGAAGCGACGGCUCGGGCCGCACGUGCAGCGCCGCGGCGAUGGCUUCACCGAGGCCGAGUCCAUGGGGAUGCUGCAGCUCGUACGCAGUCACUGGCGUGAAGGCUGGGACGUGGUGGCACAGCUGCACAAUCAGCAGUUUUCCAAGCACAACCGCUCGCCUGAUUCGCUCAAGAAAAAGUUCUCGCGAUUGUAUCGGUCUAACGUCCCAUUACGCGGCGCCAAGAACUACCAGGCGAUUGCGUUUGCUCAUGUGGUCCACAAGGAAAUGGUCGAGGGGCUCACGCCGGCUCCAGGGGCUGCUGCUGUUGCGUCGAGCGUCCAUGACGAGCCGAUGGAGCGGAGCGAGAGCGUGUUCCAUUCGCCACAGGAUCAAGAGCGAGCCCAAGAAGGAGGAGGGACCGAGUCAGAGAACAGCUGGACGGACACGACGGUGGAGGUGCCUCCUAUGACGGCGGCUGGUGUUGCCCCGGCUUUAGUCGCCAGUGCAGUUCCAGCUGCGCCGUCGUGUGCUGCUGUUGCUGGGGCUUCGCGUCCUCAAUCACGGACUGCACGUCCGAGUUCUGAGUGGAAGGCUGGGACUGCCGCUGCUGUGUUUACAGCAGACGCACAUCCGUUGCCGAGUGACGAUUUGCUCACGUCAGUGCUAAAAGUCAUUCUACGCUCGCAGUAUCAACGGGAUUUGGACCGAGAAGAGGAACGCAUUCGUCGGGCAGAAGAGCGACAACGUCGUCGCGAAGAGGCGGAGCAGCGGAGACAGGAAGAAGAGCAGCGACGUGAUGAAGAACGUGACGAGCGGCGCCGACGCAGUGAAGAACGCGCGGAAGAGCGAGACGAAAACCGGCGUCGACACGAGCAGUUUAUGCAGAUGAUGAUGCUGCUCGUGGGCAAGAAGGAUACCGCUCAGCACCGAGACACGGAUUGUUAA